AAAACAAGUUUGCAUUCUUUAACCAACGUAUCUUGUUUCAGCCGUGUCGAAACCUGUGAGAUUACUGAAAAAUGAGUUUAAACGGGGUGCCGAAGAGAUAUGUUCUGUCAAUCCUAAUCUUCUGGGGAUUUUUUACCAUGUACGCACUGCGGACCAAUAUUAAUGUGGCCAUCGGCGCGAUGGUCAAAAAUCACACAGUGUUCAAGGAUGGAAAGGAAAUCGAGACGGUAGGAAAAUUAAAUGAACGAACAACAGUUGUAAGAAUAUUCACCGCUGCUAAGUUUGUUGGGCAGUAUUGAACAAGCUAGUCAAACGAAUUUAAUUCCUUGCUCCCCACACUCGUCAACAGGUGAAGCGUUGAAUGUUCUAGCGUGGUUACACAUUGUCAAGGUCAAAACCUGUCAAUAUCAAGGCGAGGUAUUAAAUUCGCUUGUCAUUAGAAGCAGGUUGCUUUGUUUCUGGUAUAUUCAAGGUAAAACAUAGAGAAAUAUAGAUCAUUUUUUCUUUUAAGCGAAAUUUAGGACAUCAUUUCUACUUAUUUUAAAACAAAGACCCCAAGCACAGAGAGCGCUCCCCAGCUGAGUAUGAGAGUACCGGUGUGGUACAAUAUUGCGAGUGAAUAUUUUCUUGCAUCUAUUAUCUAGAGUCCCAUACAUAUCCUUUGCGUUUACGACCAUUUUUAGAUUACGCAAUAUUGUCCAUAGCAUAGCUCCCAUACUGGGCUCCCUGUGAUCCAACGGGUCAAAUUUUGCGUGAGUCUGGAACAGGCUGAAGGCGGGUGUGUUGUGCAUGCGUAAUACGUACCACGGGAAAGCUAAUACAUUUGAAUCAGCAGUGAUCAGUUAGCGUAGACGUUCUUAGGGCGUGCUGGACGAACCAAAAAACGCCCGGUUCCUAAAAGACCGAUUAGCGCUAAUCCAGGAUUAAUUUUUUUUCCAUUUUCGUAGUUACCUUCCUAUGUAUUGCUUAGAGGACCAUUUUUGUUGUGAUUACUGUAUCUUGGAGUAAAAGCUCAAAAUUAUUUUUAGCUCGAGUUGCAUGUUCUUAGACAAGAAAAUCUUGCUUAAAUUUUGGCUUAAUCCUCGGUUAAACUUAACCAUCUUUCGAGGAACUGGGCCAAGGACGUUAGCUCCUGAUACAACAGCGAUUUACUCCACCAGGAACUCCGGGCAGGUUAUGGGCUCCUCACUCCAAUUACUCAUCAAUCCCGAAAAGGCAGCAAAAUUGUUGUUAGAAGAUGACGUGGCAGAAAAGAGUAGCUUCCAAAAUUUUUCAGCAGUGUUUCUUUCUUUUAACAUUGCUCCCAUUUCUUUUCAGUUGGCGAAAUGAUGAAGGAAAAAAUGCCAAAUUUUUGCUGAAUAAAUUAGCACCAUUUACUUGUUACAUUACAGGCUAGAAAAGCAUCCUUAUAACCUGUUUAAAAAACCGUCUUUUUCGCUUUAAAUGUUUAUAACCGAAAAGAGUGCCGUGACCACCAAUUUCAUAUUCUCUAAUUGUAAUCAGCAUGUUAGGUUUCAGCUUUUCAAAUGACGGGUAAGGGUUCAAAGCUAAGUAAACGCAAAGGUAAAGUAAAAGUGUCUGUGAAUCUUAUCACACAAUUUGAGAUAAUUGGCAAGAGGCUGUAUUUGCCAAUAGUUGCCACAAUUAAGUAUGAACAAAAUGAGCGUUACCGGACUUUCAAUUAUAAACUCUUAAAGCUAAAAUUAAGAGCGUGUAAGCGUGUAGUUGUUAUGUUUUUACCCGUUUAACUUGUUAACCUAUGAUUGGGAGCACAUGUCAUUGUUUUAGAGCAUAAACUGGAAAAUAGUGGUAUUAUUAAUCCACCCAAGCAGUCCGGAGAAAUACUAGAAAUGGUUUAUUGCGCGACCUUCGAGUUUAUAAGAGGUUUAACUGGAGCGGUUUUACUGUUCCCAGCAUAGCGUAGAAUUAAAAGUGAAGGACGAUAAUUAUGAAAACAAAUUGUUUGGUUUUGAACUUUACAGGCAGCAGAAUUUAAAUGGAGCUCAAGAUUACAGGGUAAGUUCCUGUACACUGAUCAUACAAAUAAUUUUGAUUACAUCAUAGUUGUUAUAUUUAAAGGCCCAACCAAAAAUCCCUAACAGCGAUUAGACUUUCCUUGCCCUGUAGUAUAAGGAAUCGACUCACUCCUGGAUGUGAAUUGCAAAAGAAAAACACUUGCCCCACAUAUCAAAGCAGUAAUUUUGCGAGCCAUUACAUGCGUUUACUUGGGUGGAGAAAAUAUUAAUAUAUAGAUUCAGCCAUAGCUAAUGAAGAGCGAAGGGUCCAUUUAUAUACUUUUAAUUACUGAAAACCAAAACAUUAGAACGAAUAAGCUGUCACUGGGUAGCAAAAGUUGUUUUUCUCGUUCAAAUCCUUCUAAUUUUCGGUGGCCGUUGCAAUCGCUACUUUCGAGACGUACGGCUGAAAAUUUACAUGCUACCUAAUUUUAAUAUGCUCUUUCAGCUCGUGCAAACAAACGUUUUCAAAGGCGAACUACUUUCCUGUUUACUAAAAGUUGAUCACGUGAUCAGCAAUUGCAAAAGGCCCAUUCAAUGGUUUCACUUGUAUGCAAUAAAUAGCAGCAGCUACAACCCACUUUGAAAAGGAGUGGGUCGAAAGUGGGCGCUGCCAGCACUGUGGGAGCCUCGCGAAAAGGUCAAGGUCAACAAGAUGUCUUCACUGCCCAAUUUAUUUUCCGAACGCUGACAAAAGAGAGUGGCAAUUGAUUCUGAUGCCUGUCUUGCUGACUUUUCUUUGACUUAGACCAACCAGAAACUGAAAUAUAUUGCACAGAUAUAUGUCAAUCCCACUUGCUGCUUAUUGAAAAGACAAUUUUCUAAAUGAAAUCCUUGUUAGAACUAAGAUUCUUUCACAGAAUUAAUUAAUAAAUAACAUACACGGCGUAGUACCCGGGUCAAGCGAAAAUUAUGCAACUCACUCCCAACUUCCUGUCUCGCUUAACAAUGGCAUAAAUGCCUUUCCUAGUUCCCAAGUGAUCACUCUUUUCCAAAUUGAGCUGUUAUGAACGUAGUUUGUAUUUGUGACUGAUCAAACUCCUGAUCAUAAACUUUGUUUUCAUUCUAAGUCGUCAUUUUCAGAGUGAAAAAAUGAAAGGUUUAAUGAAAUGGUUAUUGUUCUUCCAGGUGUGGUUCUUGGUUCUUUUUAUUAUGGUUACGUAGCACUUCAGAUCCCUGGUGGAUGGCUUGCUGUUAAACUGGGGGGUACACGUCUAUUUGGUCUUGCAGUUCUAAUAGCUUCAGUUCUUACAACACUAACCCCUUUAGCCGCUAGGAUCAGCGUUCUACUGCUGAUAGCUGUCAGAGUUGGCGAGGGACUGGUACUAGUAAGUAUCAAGAUGCUGUCAUCUUUAACUUUAUUUGCAAAAAAAAUCGGAUUAAUUGUUUUGGAAGGGUUGUCUAAGGACAACUAAAGUUCGCGUUACCCUCUUCGCUGAUACAGAAGUAGUAUAGUAAGAAUGUUUUUAGACCUCUUUUUCGCUGGUCUCCAACACAAAACCCAACAAUGAAGUCCAACCUACCAGCUUAGCCUUGGUGAAAAGUUCCCAACCAACUCCACGGCUUCUCCUAAAAAAUUGGCUUAUGCCCAUGCCUCUUAAACACCGCUGACUGAACUUUGUACAAGCAAUCCUCUUAUAACCUCUUAUGCGCAUUUGAUCAUAUUUACAUGUAUUUUGCGCAGUAUAAACAUCAAAUUAUUUUUAUUAUUAUAACCAGAACUAGUUUCUCACUAAAACUAUGUAUUACUCAUUCUACAUAAUGUGAUUGCAGGGAGUGUUGUUUCCUUGUAACCACGCCAUAUGGAGCAAGUGGGCACCCAGUAUGGAGAGAACCACUUUAGUUACAAUUGCAGUCACAGGUAAAACACCCCGUAAACCACUCUUAAAUUCAACCGUUCCCCUUAAUGGCCAAUUUCGGUUGUAGUUCUUUUGAUGAUCAGGUUUUUGUUCAUACGCCACUUGCACAUCUUCCAAAAUGCACCUUAUUUGCCGCCCAAAAUUUUGCGUAAGCAUUGUUUUCAAUUUCACUUGAGACGGCUGUAAUACCCAGGAGAAAUGAAAAACAAAGGUUAUGCAGAAAUUUGGGGGACAAAUAAGGUGCAUUAUGGCAGACGUGCAAGUGGCGUAUUACUUAGUAUUUCCUUCAUCAAGUAAAGCGAGAGAAAAACGUGUAAUAAAUAGGAUGUUUUGACAUAAGAAGUAUUUUGGCACCUUAGCCAUUCAUGCAAAAGUGAUAAUCGAACCUGGUCUUUUUUAUCACUCCGGCCCUAGCAUAGUUUCUUUACGUCGAAUUAGCCCUUACGGACGGGUUUUUCAUUUGUAUUAAGUAAUGUACACCGUUUAUUCGUAAAAAUAUUCGACCUUAAGUGAAAAGGAAAACGAAAUAUUUAUAACCUAACAAGUGUAGUAAUUUUUAAACGUAAAAUAGAGAGAAUGAAUAAUCUGUUCUUUUAAGAAGAUGCCUGUUAGGACCGGAUGAGCGCCUCUUGUAGUAGGUUACUAAAGCGAAAACCGAAAUAAAUUUAAAAUGUCUGCUUUUUGCUUUUAGGUUGCACUGUUGGUAGUAUAGUGUCAAUGCCAGUCUCUGGUUUAUUAACAAGAAUCGAUUUCGAUGGCGGAUGGCCAGCAGCGUUUUAUACAUUUGGUGAGCAUUAGUGUUGUUUGGCCAGGAAUAAGCCAUGAUUUUCACGUUGUUUUAAUACACACUGGUUUCCCCACCAAAUUCUUAUAACCACAGCAUCCAACUUAUCCUGGGUACUGAAAACAAUGCUUAUGCAAAACAUUUGGAUGGAAAUAAGACGUGUUGUGGGCUAUGUUAACGUCGCUCACAGAUUGUUCUAUUAGGCCUCUCGGGACCUUAAGAUGCGACGACGGCGACGACAGCGGGAACUUCAAAACAACAACUUUGCACGUGCAUCACGAUUUUUUUGUACAUUUCUUUGCCGUCACAGCACGAGUACGACGUGAAAAUGCCUAAUUUCACGUUUUAUGGAGGACGUAAACAAGCCACUACGAAAUUUUCUUUCUCUUUCUGAACUUGGAUAUGGUUUUUUAGGAAUUCCACUCCAGGAGAGUUCGCCUAAAUUUGACAAAGUAAAUUAGUUGGAACUGUCGCGAUGAAGACUGAAUGAACGCAAAUUCACUUUUUAGGAGAUGUUUUCGCUGCCGUCGCCUUCCUCGGAUCUUAAGGUCCCUACUAGCUACAAGGAGGCCGUGUUUACUAGCCUGAGGGUGACACAAUGAGCCCGCCUCUCCUUAUAGCAUGUAAAACAACCUCUUUACUAUAAACUUAAUCCCAAUGUUUCCUAAAACCUGUCGAAAACAAUCGAAGAAUAAAUGAGGCUUCUCAAUUCUCUGCUUAACAUGAAUGAGGAUGGAAAUAUGCGACUUUUAUCAACUUUUUGAGGAACAUGUCUGACUUACCGACAGGUCACCCACAGUUUACCAUGACCAACACUUCGCAAACUGUCGGCCAACAGUCGGGCGAUAGAUGAUGAAAGUUGAUAGUGAGCAAGCUCGGUAGACCUGUCGGCCGACCGUCGGUUUUGAGAAGUUGUUCUUCAGAAUUACCACCAAGAUAGCUGAAGAUAACUGGACCCGGCAAAAAGUGAACACUCGGCCAUUGAGAGCCUCAAAGAUGGCACGUAUUGAUUAUUACAUUUUAAGUAUGGUGUGUAUAUUCUUUAUCAUACAGGAAUUUUUGGUAUCCUAUGGUAUGUAGCAUGGUAUAUUUUAGCAUUCGAGUCUCCAUCCGUUCAUCCAACCAUAUCAGAAGACGAGAAAGCCUACAUUGAGUUAAGUGCAAUCAAUAUGGACGAGGUAAGAAUCCAAGGCUACUUUGGCCUAAGAAGAAAAGCCCCAAGAAUGAAGCACCAAGAUAAUUAGCAAUUAUUGGAUUCGGCGCGUUCAGCGUGUGUAUGAUCUGAAGAGUUAUGGAGGAGUGUACCUAUAACACAGUCCAAGAUCUGCAACAUUCUCGAGAUCAUACUUAAGCAUAAUCCAAUAAUUGUUUUAAGAUCUAUUCAUAAUAAUUUCUAGUUUAAAAACAAGCUAAAACAAGCUCUAACCAUCAACUUCUUCCUUCUUAUUUUUUCCCGCUCUGACUUUGCGCCCAACGCCACUGUUUGAACGCUUGUAACAGGUUAUCCUUUGAAUGAGAUCAGCCCUGACGAAAAUAGUGACAAUAUGAUAUCGCGUCGGGCAAUUUUUGCUUUUUCUAAAUUAAUGUAAGUUUCUUCCCUCUUUAAGCAGCUCCACGUCCACUGUACUAAAUUAUUUUGACAUUUGACGCAACCUUUACAGGUAGCUCGAGGCACUGUACCAUGGGGGGCCAUCCUCACGUCACCUCCUGUUUGGGGGAUCAUAGCAGCUGCGUUUGCUUCAGAUUGGGGUUUAUACGUGUUACUUAUAUGCGUACCGCUGUUCCUAAUGGACAUCUUGCACUACGAAGUUGCAGCAGUAAGUCUGAAAUGAUUUCUGCGAACUCAUUCGUCUCUCAUUUUCGGUGUCUAGGGGCGUGCACUUGCGUCAGGGCUAGGCGGCCGAUAGUUGGCGUUUUGAAAUCAAUCCAACAGAGCUGAGCCUGUGCUCCAGUUGAAAUGUUCCCCUGAGACAGAUAGGUGGUCAGGUUAUUUUUCGUCCCUCAAGAAUCAAAUUAGUGAGAGUGCUGUGAAACAGGACAUACCAUUUUUCAGUCCUUCUUAUCCGAGGACAUGUCUGACACAAGCCUAAACAGCCAAAAGCUACAUACAGUAUAUCAGUGUUAUUAAUUUGAAUGUCUUUAGCUUACAUACAUAAAGGUUCCUAAUCAAUUUGCGUGUUCUGAUGUCACUCUUUUUCGUCCGAUAUUAACCGGGAGAACUCAAUGUUUUCUGUCCAUCUUUUUUCUUUUAGAUUAACAUGUUUCUCUUUCCUUUUUUUUUCAGAUGGGUUUUGCCGCUGCCGCUCCGUUUCUCUUUAAAUCCUUGUCCUGUCCUAUUGGGGGCAUAACCGCUGACCUUUUCAGGCGAAGAAUUCUUUCGACAAAAACUGUCAGACGUGUGUACUACUCAACAGGUACUGCUCACUGCGCUUUACAGCAUCGUUACGCCUAAUACUAGUCUCACUCAAAACGCCAAGAACGCUUAUGGGAGGUGUUAAGAUGCGAGUUCGUCUCGUGCCUAGAUCUCCCACGACCAGAGGUCUGGGUGCAACACUUGGACCCCGUGAGUCGGAGAAAGAGGGCCUUAUUAAAUGGGGUUAACCGUCAGCCGUCAAACGGCCUAAAGUUUAACCGUCAAUCGUCAAAAAAGGUUAUUUUUUACCGUCAACCGUCAACUAUGCAGAUUGAUAUUUCAUAUUCAAUUUAUUUCAAAUCUCACCCUUUCAGCUGAUCUUCACGGGAUUUUGGCUCCUGAAGAAACUCUAAACUGGAAAAAUCAGUUUCUAGGUUCUCAACAACACUUUUUCUAAACACUACAAAACCUUAGAACUUUGUUAUAUCCGGAAAUAUUUUAACAUUUUUAAGUGAAAGGCGAAGACAAUCGCCAAAACACAAAAGUUAUACUUAAUUUAUACAAAAGUUAAGUGAAAUUCACUUAUCAAGUGAAAAUUUAGUCCAGGGUUUUAACUGUUAACCGUCAAAACUGAAAGACGCUUACUGUCAACUGCGAGCCUUCACCAUAGGUCUCAGUUUGCGGGCGCCCAGGCGGGUUUUGAAUAUCUCACGCAUUGCGGUCGCCCCCCUGAGCCCGUACGGGGCCCCCAAUAACGCCCGUUGUCCAGCCAACCAGAUAAGCGGGCUUUGUAGCUCCUCUCAGCCGAGGCGAGUGCAAAGCACUACUUUAAGUGCCAGAUCCACACAACACAUAUGGUGGCUGUUGGCUGGGAUGCAGACGGCAGUUCUCCCACGGCAUUACGCAGGGAAGGCAUCCUACGGCUAUGCCAUGCUGAUGAGCCCUAACAAGGGCGAAACAGCUGUACGUGGCUGCCACUGCCAGGGUGCUAUAGCUGUGCGCAUGCGUGAGGAGGUACUGGCUAGGCCGUGGGUAAGUGUAUGUGUGCCCCUCGCUUUCAGUUUUUCUUACAUACAGGACGCAAAGCCCCAUAACUCAAUUACUCGGGAACGCAACAGUUUUCAACGCAUUUUCGUUUUUUAGGUGCAAUCACUGCCGGACUUUUCAUUUUAAUGGCAGGCUACAUAGAAAGUCCCAGUAUCGUCAUUGUUUGUAUGUGUUUCGCUGGCGCCGCAGCUGGUAUCGUCUAUGCAGGAUUUCAAGUGAAUAUGCUGGAUAUUGCACCGCGAAACGCAUCCAUUGUUAUGGGAAUUGCAAACGCAACAGCUAACACUGCAGGCUUUCUAAGCCCAAUGCUUGUUGGGUUUAUAACACACAAUAAGGUGAGUUUCUUUUGAAAUAGCCAUGAUCCUACUAAGGAGUGGUUUGACGACAAAAAAGAUAUGCAACCUUUUCUAAGUAUCCAUUUUCUAAUUUCAAGCCGAGAAGGGCUGGGUACGAGUCCGCGUAUUAUGUGAUAAACAACACGAGAUCCACAUUGUCAAAGCGCUAGCAUACCGAGCUUUACAAGAUUGGUGAAAGUAUGGCUACAAGAUACAGCCAUUUAAAAAUCAAUCUCAUAAAUUAAGUCCCAGCAAGAAAAACCAAUCUGUCCUAAUCGCAAAAAUUAGUUCCCGCAAAACACAAAAAAUUGCCAAUCCGCAAAAAUUUCGUGCCAGACAGUACUUACAUGGGGCGACUCAUCGCUUUCUUUGAAGCAUCUGCUGCUUUUAUUUUUACGUUUGCAGCUCCAUAUUCUGUCCUAACUUUACACACUACAUAGGAGAAAUAAUGCAAUAAAAAAUUUAACGUUUAUUGUUGCAUUGAACUUCUUGUUGGGCUAGUAAUGAAUUUUUUGACCUGGCUAGGUUGGUCUCCCACAUAGGGAAAGUUAAUUUUUGUUGUGUUUUGUAGACGUACUAAGAUCUCGGCAAACCAUGCCAGCCCAAGAGACCAAUUCCGAUAUAUUAAAUUCAUAUUUGGCUGCCAUGCUUGGGAGAAUAAAACAAAAGAAAUCAUUUUGAGGCUCAGCAAUGAGUAAUACAUUUCUUUUGUUUUAUUUCCUCAAGCCUCAGAGCCAAGUAUGAAUUUUAAUAAAUCGAAAAUGGUCUAUUCAUCCACUAACCUAGCCUGAUUUUCAGCCGCCUCCUCGAACCGCAAACUCGCGAGAGAGACGUCUCUCUUGGGAGUUUACAAAACAAGGAGACGGCUGACAUUCAGGAUACUACCAAUCGAUCUCUUGACGGUUUAGGUGUUGCAGCAACCGAUUAAAAAAAACUCUCUUGUUGUUUCUUCUCUUUCAGACAGCUGAAGAAUGGCGUACUGUUUUUUGGAUCACUUUUUUAAUUUAUGUCAUGGGUACCUUAGUAUUUAACACAUUGAUGUCAGGUGACAGACAGGAGUGGGACAAAGUCGAAGGAGUGUCUAGCGAAUCUUCAUCAGAUAGCAUGGCCGUAACAUCAAGAUAG